AUGCGUCCGGCAACGCUGCUCUCCUCGAUCGCUCUCUUCUCAGCCCUCAGCUCGGCUUCAGCCCCAUGGUCUGAAUCUUUCCACCUCAAGGCCAUUCGCGACAUCAACGACUUUGUCUUCCCACGACAGGAUACUUCGGAAUCCACCACAGCCGCCUCCAAGACGUCCGAUGCCUCGAGCGCAAAACCCACCGCAAAUUCCUCCAACAAGGACUCCUCUAGCCAGCCUUCGUCCACCGACAACAACGAUGCUACCACCACCGGGUCCGACAAGAGUGCUGCUGCCUCAUCCGGUGCAUCCAAGUCUGAUGACUCCUCAGAUGCCUCGACCACCGGCAAAUCGACUGGCGGCAGCAGUGGAAGUAGCAAGGGUACAGCCACUACAAAAUCAUCGUCAUCGAAAUCCAAGACGUACGGUGUCUCUGCUGGCUACGGAGGUGUCGCCAUGAUCACUCCCGGCGUUUUUUCAUCUUCUUCAUACUACAAGGUCGGCGAGUACGUUACCUUCGCCUGGAACCUGACCUCCUUGUCUGUUACUCCCACCGCUAUCGACGUUUACGCUUCUUGCGGUGCCAACCAGAACAUGUACACCUUGGCCGUUAACCAGACUGUCAAUGGUUCUACUGGAGCCGUUACUUGGGACACUGGUGACUACCAAGCCACCGCCACGGUACCACUGCUUACAGAGACUUACACACUCAUCAUCAUGGAUGCCGCCAUGCCUGCUGUCACUGCCACUGCCGUCUAUGGCGGUCUUCCUGUCUACAGCAACUUCCGUUUCGGCAUGUACACCACACAACCCUAUUCAAACUCCUCAGGCGGUGAUGCCGCGACAUUCACCUGCAUUACUUGCAAGAGUGCUGCUAGCUCGCUGGAAAAACAACCUCUCGCCUUUAUACUUGGCAUGGUCCUCAUCACUAUCGCAAGCUACACAAUGCUUGCGGCUGGCUUCGACGUAAUUUGA